GGGUUGGUUUAGUGGUCACUGAGUGCAAUCACAUGGGCCAUUAAAGAUGUCAAAUGGGCCAUCAAAGUUGACAAUUGUGAAAGUGGCAAUCACAUAGAAACCGCCCACUUUGUUUGCUAUGCCAAUUUUCCAUCCACAAAAAUAAUACUAUGUAAGUCAUGAGUCAAAGUCUUCUCACAGUACUCUCUCCCUCCAUUAAAGGAGAAACAAAAAGAAAGAAAAAACUAUAUCUAAGGUUCUUCACAUAGUACUGAUCUACUUCACUAUUGUUCUUGAAAGUUAAGAGACAUGGAGAUUGAAACCAAUCAUAAGCAGAAGCUAGAGGUAUCUGAUAUACUCAAAGAAGCUUUUAUGAUAUUUGUCAAAAAUCUCAACUUUAUCAUCUUCACCUUUGUCACUUCUCUUCCACUCUUUUGCAUCAUGGUUUACUUUGAAAUUCAGCUUCAAGAAACCUUAGUUGAAACCUUAAAUAUUAUUAACCCAAAACAUAAUCACUUUAGAGACUUUGGCUACAUGCUAGAUCUUAUGAAUACAGCUUAUUUCCUUAAGUUGAUUCAACUUGGAAUUAUUUACAUGGUGCCUCUUCAUGUUCUAGAAUUUUGUACUGCAAUUGUUACUAUAGAUUUAGCUUCAAUGAUAAGUUUAAAAGAGAAGAAAAUGACCCUUAAGGAGAUGUUUCAAAAACCCUUUGAACCAUCAAAACUUAGAGGCUCAUUUCUCACUUUUAUCUAUGUUCUUUUCUUGACAACUACUCACCAACUUGGAUUACUAUGGAUAGUUAUAAAUUACCAUUUUUUCUUGAAGGGUUUGAGUUAUGUUUUGUUUGGAGUAAUUUGUAGCAUGUUGUUUGCAAAGGUUUUAAAGAUGUAUUUGGAAUGGAGUUCUAUGUGGAACAUGAGUUUUGUAAUCUCAAUAUUGGAGGGUAUAUAUGGUAUUGAUGCAUUAGCACUUUCUGUUAAUUUCAGCAAAGGGUGUCACGAAAAAGGGCUCUUUUUGAUGCUGAUUUUCUUUGCAUGGGAACAUUUUUUAAGACUUUCUUGUUACCUUAUUGGAGGCUAUUAUGAACAAGGAAAUGGAAUUUUUAUACAAGUUGGUUUGAUGUGCAUAGUCAUUCCAUUGAAAUGGGUGGUUUUCAUGAUCUACUUUAAUGAUUGUAAGGAGAAACAGUUGGAAAAGAAAAUGGAUGAGGAAUUAGGCAAAGAUGUUAAAGUGGUGAGUGAAUGAGAAUUUGUUGCUUUGUACAAAGUUAUGGGUGUUAAUUGAGUUCAGAACUAGAUUUUAGGUGAAUUUGGAUUAUGGAAUUUGAAUUAUGUGUAGUCAAUGCGGCUGCAGUCAGUAUCUAAGAACCGUUUGAUCUUUUGAUCGGAAUGUUUAAAUCUUAAGACAGUUUUUUAUUAUUAUUUAAGUAGAAAGGUAGAAACUGUAUAAAGAUUAAGAUUGAUCUAUGAAAAACUGUUCAACAACCAAGAAAAAAUCUUGCUUUGAGCACUUAGUGGAAAAUCUCACAUUUGUGAGGAAUGAACGUAACCCGUGUUUGGGUGAACAAGGAUAAAUGCUUCUGUGAUCUCUC